AUGCAGCAACUAGCACACUUCAAAGCACACUUACACAUAGGGGACUUGGCAGUUCAUCCAACUGAGCCAUAUGUGCUGUCAGCCUCUUUCGACGAGGGAAACGUCAAGUUGUGGGACUGGGAAAAGGGCUGGGAAUGCACUCGAAUAUUUGAGUUUGUUGACUUUGACCAUAUCUAUCGAGUCACCUUAAAUGUAUCGGAUACGGAUACUUUUGCAGUUCAUGGCGCUGCUGGAAUAAAGGUUUGUAGUCACCGGUCUGCUGGUUCUGCUGAAUUCAUAUUGUCUGAAUAUAAUGACCCAGAUAUAUAUUGCUUCGAUUACUUUGCUAAUGGUGGCCAUCAUUAUUUGAUUAUCGGUGGCAUUGAUGGGAUUGUCAAGAUUCGGGACUUGCACACAAAGAGUCUUGUUCAAACAGUUGAAGGCGUACAUCUUGAUUUAGUUAGCAUAAUAUAUUGCCAUCCCGAGCAUCCAGUACUAGUUACAGGGUCACGAGAUGGAACUGUUUGUCUGUGGAACCCAACUACGCUCAGGCCUGAGAGAACGUUUAACUUUGGCCUCGGAGGAGUUAUUGAUGUAAAAGUAUGUAUGGAUAGCUCAAGAAGUUACAGGGUAGUGAUUGCACACAUGAACGGAUUGGCAAUGAUAGAAAUCGACCAAAAUGAUCUAGUUGUUGUGAACACUGGCAGCAGCAGUGAAGAAAAUGAUUUAGUUGGCUCAAGAAAAAGAAAACUAUCGGAGCCAGAACAGUCGGAGAUAGAAAAUGAAGAAAAUGAUUUUGUUGUCGAUGUCAUGGACACUGGUAAUGGCGCAGAGCAGACGCAGGGCAAUGGGUCAAUGGAUGAAGAGAUACAUUCUGUCUCCAGUAACCUGCUCGACGUUUACCCUGGGAAGCUUCAGCUACCAUUUAAGCCCAAUAAGCUGACCUCUUGUUCAGUAAAGCUGAGAAACACGACGGAUGACCACAUUGCUGUCAGGCUUCUGACGAAGUGCCCGAAGAGAUACAUGGCAAAGAUGCCACUUUAUUGCAUUGUGCCGCCAAAUUGCAUGUACACAUUCAUAGUGACAGGUAGCGAUCAGAAGAAGAGACCCCUGCUGAGCAGGGACGAGUUUCUCACCCUAGAAAGCACCAUUUGCUUGAAAGAAGAUAUUGUUGGGCUGCAGAAUGCUAAUGUAGACUCAGCGGCCAUGGAGUUUACCAACUUCUUUAAAGAAGCCAAAGAGAUGGCAGCUGAUAAGCAGGUGCAUGAGCUAAAGUUAAGUGUUGUUUCUGACCCACUAAAAGAGACAACCUCUGUUCAGCAACCGUCAGAAGUUGAGGUCGUAUCCAAUAGGAAGUUUUCACAUGUGCUGUCUGUGGACGUGCAUCCGACAGAACCAUGGAUUCUGACGACCAAUCAAGCCGGAGAGGUUCUCAUUUGGGACUACAAAGCGCAGGCCAUAGCUAUAUCCUUUGACUUCACACAGAAACAAGUUUACUCUGCUAAAUUCAUUGUGAGAGAGGAAUGGAUUGUCGCUGGUGAUGGCUACGGGACUAUCUAUGUAUACAGUUACCAAACAGAGGAGGAAGUUACAAACAUCGAUGCUCACGAUAGUGACAUCACGUCUUUGGCUGUGCAUCCCACUGAUCCUCUUGUGCUCUCGUCAUCCGAGGAUCGCCUGAUAAAGCUCUGGGACUGGAAGAAGAACUGGGAGUGUACUCGAACAUUUGAGGGACACUCCGACAGAGUAACACAUGUAAAUUUUAACCCAAUAGGCACCAGCAGUUUUGUAUCUGCUUCCUUGGAUCACACAAUCAAGGUUUGGAACAUUUCUUCUCCUGAGAGCAUCAUUACGACGCUGUCUGAUCACCCGGAUGGCCUGGUUUGUAUUCACAGUUACAGAAGUGAUAUGAAGCAGUAUUUGAUUGCUGGAUCUUGUGAUGGGACUGCACAAAUCUGGGACAUGGAGACGAGAAGACUUGUUCAGACACUCAAAGGGCAUGCACGUCAUAUUAGUUGUGUCUACCAUCACCCAGAACUUCCAGUAGUAAUCACAGGUUCACAUGAUGGGACUGUUCGUUUAUGGAACUCCACUACCUACAGGCUCGAAAGUAUAGUUGGUAUUAACCUUGGUGUAGUUCAUGCUCUUGGAUAUAUCAAAGACUUAAGAAGGAUUGCGAUCGGUUGUCACCAAGGAAUAGCCAUCAUGGGAGUGAACUACAGUUAA